AUGGGCCCCCCAAAGUACCCGCCCAUGGGCAACCACCCAAUCCACGUGCACCCGGUCCGCCCGCUCUACCGCUUCAUGUCCACCGCCCUCGGCGCCUCCAUGUGGUUCUUCUUGAUGUACCGCGCGAAGAAGGACGGCCCCGCGCUGCUCGGCUGGAAGCACCCGUGGGACCAUUGA